AUGAUCACCCGAGUUGUGCCUUCGAUCAAAGGGCAGAGUGAUCCGGGCGCUUAUGAGUCAACUGGCUUUCAAGGGCGCUUGAGACCGCCUGAAGACAUUCUACGCCAGGCUCGCGCCACAAGUAUUACGGGAGUUCUGGGCCAAAUCGCAAGUGUAGCUUCAUACGCCUUAGAAAUUUUGCAAGAACUCAAAGAUGAGACGAUAGAGUUGCAGGAUCGGAUGACGGUGCUACAUCGACGCGUGGAUAUUCUGGCUGAAGUUACAACAUCGAAUUCUAGCGCAAUCGACCGCCCGCCUCCAGUCGUCGAAGCCUAUAAACGAUGUGAAAGCGUUCCUCCACUGGAACUGGUGAGCGAGAACUGA